AAAACGAGAGGCCUCCUCUAUUGUGCAUAUCGACGGGCGCAUCGAGCCGCGUAUAUUCAUUCCGAUCCGGCAAGGUACCACGAUCAGAUAGCCCUGUUUUUCGAGUUUUCGAGCGUGUUGCUCUGGCAGAAAAAAAAAGUUUGA